AUGACGAAGCCAACACCCUCCAACAACCUCGCCUACACCGCACCCAUCAACCCUCCCUCCGCAUCACCCAAACUCUCAACCGCACAAAUCUGGCGCGGUCUGGAACUGAAGAUCCGCGCCGGCCAAGACUUCGUCGGCGGCGCCCUGCUCUCCACGGACAUCAUCUCCGAGUCACAGGACGACCAAGGCCGUCCCGUCACUGUGCGCGAGGUCGUCUUUCGCGACGGCAACCGGAGGGUGCGGGAGACGUGCGUGGCUUUCAAGCCCAUGAAGGUCGAGUUCCACCAGCCCGACGGGUCGAAGGUGCAGAAUGUGAUUUCGCAGGGCGCGGGCGAGGAAGGGGUCGACCUGUACAUGACGUAUACGUUUGAGUGGCUGCAUCCGGAGUGUGAGGGGGCGCAGAAGGAGUUGGAGGAGAAGAGACGCAAGGAGACGCAAGUCGCGAAGAUGGCUGUGGAAGAGACGAUCCGGGUCAUGAGGGAGAUGGUCAGGGAUGGGAGGAUCAAGUGA